AGAAGAACGUAACUCAACCAGGUGGUUUGCCUCUUCAGCUUAAGGACCAAGAGAAGGCUAAGAAGAUGGCAAUAGAGGUGACUCUUGAAGAGGCAUUACUGUGGUCUGAGUCUGUGGAUAAUUUACUAUAUCACAAAGCUGGCCAGGUUGCUUUCAGAAACUUCCUCAGGAAAGAAUUCAGUGAGGAGAACAUUGACUUCUGGCUUGCCUGUGAGGCUUACAGGAAGAUCAAUUCUCCUGAGAAGAUGGCUUCUACGGCCAGGAAGAUUUAUUCUGAAUUCAUAAAAGUUGAGGCCCCUAACGAGAUUAACAUUGAUUUUACAACACGGGAGAAUAUCACCAAAGACAUCAAUGAGCCCACACAGUCCAGCUUCGAUACGGCGCAAAAUAUCAUUCAUAGCCUUAUGGCAAAGGACCCUUACCCCAGGUUCCUGAAAUCAGACAGCUACCUGGAGCUGAUAAACAAGAAGAGAAGCAACCAACAGAAGUGAAGCCACACAUCUCUUGCAGUCAUGUUGAAUAAUUAGUGGGUAAAGAGCUCAGAGGUGUAUAUUAUCUCUGACAGUUUCCAUUUCUGAAGAAAGAUUCUCAGCAAUGAAUGAAUUCUGUCUCUGCUACCAUAGAUACUGCAUAACCUGUUGAGAAUUUUACACGUUUAUUCCCGAGAUGUACACUGAAAAUAUUCUCAACAUUCUCAGCCUAAAAUUCCAACCAUAUAAUAGUGCUAUUCUAAAUAAUAAAAUUGAAUUUUUUGGAUUUCUGGAGUGAAAUGCAA